AAACUUUGUGAGAGAGAUAAGUGUGUCAUGUAUUAAUAGUGAAUAGCUAACUAUUGUAUGAUGAGUGAGUUGGAAGAAAGCUGCAAGGAAUCUUACGGUCAACAAGUGAGUUGUAUUAUUAACUUGCUCUAAGGCUAGUCUCAAUGCAUAGUUUCAUGACACAGUUACCAAGACUGUAAACUAGGUAACCGAGCCACAAGAGUUUCAUGAGGAUAAAACUCCUCUCUCAUUUGAUAAAACUCAUUCACUUAAUGACCCUACCAACCCUAUUUAAUGUUCAUGACAUUAUCAUGAAACAUAUAUUGAGACUGACCUAAAAUACAUAUCUAGGCACCCAUAAGACAUGUGCAUCCCUCUAGUUUGCUAUAGCUUCGCCACUGCAUUCACCGUCAACAAGUUUGAUGGCAGUAGUACGUUGCACCUGUGGGGUAUUUGCCAUUUGCCAUGCUUGGAGCGGUGCUAUCUGUGUGUGGUGAAUGGAGCACCAACCUGUUCCGACACCGGCGACUCCAUGGCAUAUUGGCAUGGCCUCUACGUUACGUCGAGCCACGCCUCGCGCGCCCGAUGGGCACUGCCGCUACUGGGUGUCACACACGGGAGUGGCGUAAAGCAAAAGGGUCCAACCGUCCGGUCAUCACGGAUUCAUGGCAUCACGUGAGUACGUGAUCGCGAGGGCACCCCACAAGGCCACAGCCACACAGACACAGGCAGCUUCGUUGCGCACGGGACGCGGCACGCGGGCGGCGGUUGGCAAAAGCCAAAGCGUAGGCUUUCGGUCGCGGUCGGUCGCGGCACAGUGGCACACCAUCGCCUCCGCGUCGCUUUGGAUGCGACUGGCAGCACGGGGCUCCCGAGACCUGAGAUGAGAAGAAAGCAGAGAGGGAUGCAUGCCGCGGUGAGCACUGAGAGUGAGAGGACUGAGGGCGCGCGGCUUCGGAGUCGGAGACAAGACCGCUAGACUCCGCCACGCGGGUUCGGCAAUGGGGAUGGCGGCGGACGCGACGACGGCCAUGACCAUCGACUUCCUCCGCGCGCGCCUCCUCUCCGAGCGCUCCGUCUCUCGCGCCGCCAAGGAGCGGGCCGACCACCUUGCCAAGCGGGUGGUGGAGCUGGAGGAGCAGCUCCGGACGGUGACGGCGCAGCGGCGCAAGGCGGAGCGGGCGGCCGCGGAGGUGCUCGCCAUCCUCGACGCCCAGGGCUUCGGCCGCCUAUCCGACGCCGGGGACGACUCAGGCUCAGAGGACGAGGCUGGCACGGGCGACCGCGACCCCGAUGCCGCCGAGAGGGACGGGGGCGGCGGGAAUGCGGCGGAGGACGCGCUGUCGGGGUCGGAGCCGGGAGCCCCGGCGGCGGCGGCGGCGGCGGCUGCUCAGGCCGGGGGCUUGUCAUGGAGAGGCCGCGCCGCGAGCCCCGACGAAUGCGAGAGGCGGCGGCCGAUGCACCAGCAGCACAGGAGCAGGCAGCCAAGGCAGAGGCACGGCCACGGUCACAGGAGGGGCUACUUUUACUCUUCCCGCGCCGCGGAUUCGUCGCCCAAGUACCACCCGGGGCAGUCGUGCCGGAAGAUCAAGAAGAAGGAGCUGACGAGAUCUCAGACAGGAGGCGAGGAGGAGGGCAACGACAAUGCAGUGGAGAGCACGGAGGACGGGCAGGGGAGAUCAGACUGUACUGUUUGCACUGAUGAGCCGGCUGAUUUUGAUGGCGAGGUGAGCCAAGAUUGGCGUGGGUCUUCUAGUAAUGGAGGAGUGGAGGAUCGUGAUGAUCGUGCCAUGGUAUAUGAGAAGGAUGGGGAGAUGGAGAGGGUACUCGAGAAGCAGGCCGAGCUAAUUGGACAGUUCGAGGCUGAAGAAAAUGCUCAGAGGGAGUGGGAGGAGAAAUUCAGCAAGAACCGGGAUUCAGCUACGGAUAAUAUUAACUUAAACAAUAAGCUAAAUCAGGCUGAAAUUGCUUGUGGGAGGAGGGAGACUGCUCGGGUUGUAGAUAAAGAAGUGGUUUGUGAACAGGCAAGAUCAAGUGACAAUAAUCUUCAUUGCAUCAACAACCCCUCUGAAUGUCUACCAAACGGCCCUGUUUCAGAAUUGCCCCAAAAUGUAGCCAAAGAUAGUAUUAUUGAACAGUGCAAAUCUGAUGGGUUUGGUCAUGAUUGUGUAGUGACUACUGCAGCAGUAAUUCCAAGCCACGGUGAACUGCAGGUUAGGAAGGCUGCGCUGACAACUAAAAGCAAUCCUGAAGGAAGUGGCAAUAAUCCUGGGAAACCAGCUCUGCCACCACAGGGAAGCUGUGAUAACAGACUAAAUGUAGAACAUCGAAGGGGUCAAGGAGAUGAAAAUUCAGACAGUGGUUCAAGCUGCCAUGUGAAGGCUCGAUCUUCUGAGCGAUACAUAGACACAUCAUCAGUUGGGAGCCCGCUAAGUGAUACCCCUAAAAGCGAAGUCUCAGAAUGGAGCUCCUCAUGCUUCCAUAACCAUACCGAUAACCAACUUGAUACACAAUUUCAGCAAUGCUCAAACAAAGAUGUAGGAGGGGUGCUAGAGGCCCUUCAACGUGCCAAGAUGUCUCUCAGAGCAAAGCUGAGCUGGCCAAGUCCUCCCAGCCAGAACAUAUUGGCACUUCAAGCACCGGAUGAUUUGCCAGUCAACGGCAUGGAACUUUCACUCAGCAGGUCAACCCCUCUCAGUCAGGAAAUAUUGGCACUACCAACACCAGAGGACUACCUUAACAGGGUCUUACCACAUGAUGAGGUGAAAGUACCAGUAGGUCCUGCUGGUUUGUUUCGUUUGCCAACAGAUUCGUUUCCCAGAAAUGAGAUGGCCUCAAGGGACGGCUAUGGUUCAAGGUUCAGUUUGACCUCGAUGAGUCCAUCCUACGUAUGGUCAAGCUACCAUGCUGAUCAUAUUAUGCCAGCUCUGUCCUUUUCUGACUAUGGUUCUGGGUUGUCACUGGAUCCAUACUAUGAUCCUCCAAGUUCCAUGUUGCUAUCCAUGCCCGCUGCUGGUGGGCGUAGCGUCCCUGUGUCAGAUUUCAGAAUAGGGGAUGGUUCCUUCCUCCGAGAAGUUCCACGGCCUGGCAACUAUUAGGGUGAUGCCUUCUGGAGACACAACUACACCCUUCAAGUACGGUCAUGGUUAGGGGAACUCUCAGAAAGUACAAACGCAUCUGUUCAUGCUUUGAAAAAACUAUCAAAAAGUUCAACUGUACCUGUCCAUGCUUCAAAUCUCACGUCUGUGUUGGUGUUAGAUGCCAUUUGUUGCAUCGAUUUUGUCUUAGAUUUGGUAGUGAUGUAUACCAUGUAGUGUGGCAAACUAAGAACAAGUUCUGUUUGUAAGCAGUAUUGGUGUUUGAAAUAUUAUUCCGUCUGUCCGAUGUAAGUUAUGAUAAGGUACUAGGAUGGCAAUAAAGCUAUUUUUUUUAACGGAAACA